AUGUAUUUGAUUUGAAAAAUGGCGGACUGCAAAAUUGAGGAAAUUUUUAGGCGCCAAACAAAGAAAUAUUCCGCCAAAAUCAGCCUCUCACUGGCGGGAAGCUAGCAAAUCUACAUACCCAAAACCCAAAAUCUCACUGCAAAAUCGAUGAUACAUUCCCAGAAUUUCUGUUGCUCUUUCAUUCCUCUCGAGCUUCAGAUUUGUUCCGAGCUACAUUCAGCUGAUCUAUCAGUGAUUGUCGUCUCCAAAAUCUCACAGGAAGAGAAGCCCUCAUUUCCCUUGCUUAGUCCGUUUCUCGACGCUUGAUUUUCUCUUUAAAUAUAGAGGAAGCCCAAACGUCUUGAUCUGGGACAUUUUGAUUUACUUUUUUCUUAAUUAUAAAUUCAAGAUCUCCUUUUUGUAUCACUGCAUCUAGGAUGGCGGAAGUUGAGCCGAUGAAAAUUGACGUUGCGGAAGAAAUGAAGCCGAAAUCGGACGGCUCGGAUCAGAAGAAGAGGCCUCAGAAAAGGAAAAGGUUGGAGCCAUGUUCGUACAAAGUAAGCCCGGGAGAGAAACAGGCGAAAAUAGAGGCAUUGCGCAAUGAAAUCAACAGCCUUGUUAAAUUUUGUAGAGAUUUAGCGUUGGGAAGCAGAGAGGUGUUGUCGGAAUAUGUGGAGAAAGUAGGGUUCUCUUCUGUUUCUCUGAGUUGUGUGAUUGCGUGUUUAAUGGAGGAGAGCGAUCUUCCAUUGUCAACACUUGUGGAUGAAAUUUUUGAGAGAGUUAAGGGCAGGACUGGAAAUGGGGAGAAUCUUACUAGGGCUAGUGUGAAGAGUAGUGUGCUUAUGAUUGGGCAGAGAUUAUGUUAUGGUGUGGCUAGUGCAGAUGCGGAUAUUUUGGAGGAUAAGGCGGAGCAUGCUCUUUGGUUUUGGGAGACUAGAGACUUGAAGCUGAUCCCAAAAUCAGAACGUGUAUCUGUGAAAGUUCGCCGCACUUGCCGGAGAAAGAUUCAGGAGAGAAUUACAGCUGUUAUAGCAAUGAUUAGUGCCCUUGAAAAGUCAGAGGACAAUCCUAGUUACAUGCAAGAUUUGGCAAAAGCUUCGGAAAAGAUUGGUAAAGUUCUAAAUGAGGCAGAUAUCCGGUUGUUAAUGGAGAACAUGUCACAGAAAAAUGCUGCUGAAAUGGCUGAGAAGGAUGUCAAGAAAGGAGAAAAAAUGUUGAUCAAGCAAAUGGAGAAAAACAAGCAAGAAAUGGAGAAAGCAAAGAAGAAGAGAGAGAGGGAACUACAGAAGGAAAUGUUGCAGAAUGAAAAAGAGCAGAAACGCUUACGUGAAGAGGCAGAGAAGGAGGAAAGACGCCGAGAGAAAGAAGAAUCUGACAUGCAGAAACAGCUGAGAAGGCAGCAAGAGGAGGCAGAGAAAGAUCAGAAACGCAAGGCCAAGGAAGAAGCUGAAUUAAAAAAGCAACUUGCUCUCCAGAAACAAGCAUCAUUGAUGGAGCAGUUUUUUAAGAGAAAGAAAUCUACUACUUCUCAAAAUGACAGUUCUUCAAACAAAGCAUCCACAUCUGCACCAUCUCCUGCUUUGGUUGAACGAGAAUCUGAAACAGUUACUGCAAAUAUGGACUCCGUUUUGGUUGGAAAUGCUGGAAUUGAGGCGGAAGCUAUUUGGAAAUCACACUUGAACUCAUGGCGCUGCAUUGGAAAUUCUAUUCGUUCAAAGAAAGUUCACUGGGGCAUUCGUCAAAAGCCUAAGACUGAGCUGGUCAAGGAACUUAAGCUUACUACUAACGCUGAAAUACCUAGUGAUGAGGUCCAAGUUGAAGAGAAGAAUGUGGAGGGAUUGAUUGACUCCAAUAUCGAUGGAAGACAGUCUCAGACCAGCACAGACAGGCCUCUUUCUCAAUGCCAAAAUAGAAAACGCAGUAGGCAGCUGUUGCAGUUUGAUAAGAGCCAUAGACCUGCAUUUUAUGGUGUUUGGCCCAGAAAAAGUCAAGCUAUUAAGGGACGCUGCCCUUUGGUGAAGGAUCCUGAUAUAGACUAUGAGAUUGACAGCGAUGAAGAGUGGGAAGAGGAAGAACCCGGUGAAAGCCUCUCGGAUUGUGAGAAGGAUGAGGAGGAUGAAACUAUGGAGGAGCAGCAAAAGGUUGAUGAUGAAGAUGAAAGUGAAGAUGGAUUUUUUGUUCCUGAUGGUUAUCUCUCGGAAAGUGAGGGUGUACAGGUUGAUGAGAUGGAAUCUGAUGAACUAGUCGAGGUUGUGAGUAAUCAACCCGACACCAAGGAGCAAGUACAGAGUGAAGAAUUUUGUUCCUUGCUCCGACAGCAGAAGUAUUUGAAUAAUAUGACAGAGCACGCGCUUAGAAAGAAUCAGCCCCUGAUCAUAUUGAAUCUUAUGCAUGAAAAGACCACAUUGUCACCAGCUGAAGAGCUGUCUGGUUCAGAGAAAGUUGAAAAAAUGUGCUUACAAGCUCUUUGUAUCCGUCUUUUGCCUGAUUUCCCAGCAACAGAAAUAUCGAUUCAUAACAAUGAGGUAGAUGAUGAUUUAGAAGCUUUAUCAAACAAAUCAAAUUCAACACCUCCUCCAACUGCUGCUGCUGCUAUACCUGAUUCAGACUUGCCUCAGAUUAUUUCCAUCAUCAAUUCAUGUCCACAUGGCAUUGCAAAGAUCUCAGACUCUCUGCAGAAUACGUUCCCGGCUUUCUCAAAGUCUCAGUUAAGAAGCAAAGUCCGUGAAAUAUCAGAGUUCUCAGAAAAUCGUUGGCAGGUCAAGAAAGAAAUCAUGAGCAAGUUUGGCCUCUCUGUAUCACCAGGUAUCAUGGCGCUGAAACUAUGCAUUGCUCCGAGCAAGAUGCCUUCGUUUCCCGGUUUUCAGCUCAGAUCUCACAGGGUUUCCAUGGCUUCAACUAUCCAUUCCCCGUCAGUAGAUGCUGGAAAAGCUAAAAAGCCUUUUAGUACCCCUCGGGAGGUUCGUGUUCAAGUCACUCACCCGUUGCCACCAGAGAAGCGCGAGAUCUUCAAUUCGUUGCAAGAUUGGGCUGAAGAAAACAUCCUGGUGCUCCUAAAGCCCGUUGAGAAGUGUUGGCAGCCCAAUGACUUUCUCCCUGAUCCAUCUUCAGAAGGCUUUGAAGAGCAGGUCAGAGAGCUUAGGAAACGAACCAAGGAGCUCCCCGAUGAUUAUUUUGUCGUCUUGGUUGGGGAUAUGAUUACGGAGGAAGCUCUUCCGACUUAUCAGACUAUGCUCAACACUCUAGAUGCGGUACGAGACGAGACAGGUGCCAGCCUCACUCCUUGGGCUAUCUGGACGAGGGCGUGGACUGCUGAAGAGAAUAGGCACGGUGAUCUUCUCAACAAAUAUCUUUAUCUUUCUGGACGCGUUGACAUGAGGCAAAUCGAGAAAACCAUACAGUAUCUGAUCGGCUCGGGCAUGGAUCCGGGCACGGACAAGAAUCCGUACCUCGGAUUCAUCUACACCUCGUUCCAGGAGAGGGCGACCUUCGUCUCUCACGGAAACACGGCUCGGCUCGCCAAGGAACACGGCGACCUGAAGCUGGCCCAAAUCUGUGGCAUCAUUGCCGCAGACGAGAAGCGCCACGAGACAGCCUACACCAAGAUCGUCGAGAAGCUGUUUGAGGUCGACCCCGACGGCACGGUGCUCGCGCUCGCGGACAUGAUGAGGAAGAAGAUAUCAAUGCCGGCUCACUUGAUGUACGACGGCGCGGACGACAACCUCUUCGAGCACUUCUCCUCCGUGGCGCAGCGGCUUGGAGUCUACACCGCCAAGGACUACGCCGACAUCUUGGAGUUCCUAGUCGCGAGGUGGGAGGUGGAGAAGAUGACGGGGCUCUCCGGCGAGGGAUGCAAGGCUCAAGAUUACGUGUGCGGCUUGCCGCCUCGGAUUCGGAAGCUGGAAGAGAGGGCGCAAGCACGGGCGAAGCAGGCGGCGCCGGUGCCAUUCAGCUGGAUUCAUGGCAGAGAAGUGAUGCUUUGAACAGUGCUCCGAAGCUAGGCCGUUGCCGGCCGGCGUUUUUUCUGUUUCUUCUCCGCCGUGAUUGAAAAUCAGAAAAAAAAAAAAAAAAGUUUAUACAAUGUUGGUUUGGAGUAUUUUGUUUGAUGAAGUUAAAACGCUUAUAUUUUGGCUAUCUACGCAGAAAAGACUAUUUAGUUAUCUUAUGGAGUAUAUUAACUCCCUUUUUCUAUUA